UCCGGGAAAACGCUUCUUCCCGAAGUAGCGUGGUGGGUGGCGGAAGACAGGAAUAAAAAAACAAAGGGGGAGGGUCAUGGCGCUGCCUCCCUAGCCUAGCCGCCUCCCCAACCUCCUCACCGAGGAGAGAGAGAGAGGGGUGGUCCAUUUCCGCGUCGUCUCCGCUGCCCCGGCCCCUCCCCACAUGGCCACGCUGCCGGGUGGGAACCACCACGCCGGCGCCGCCGACUCGAUGGAGGUCGACCAACCGCGCCCGGCCGCCGCGGACGCUAAGAAUGCUGGUUCUGUGAUUGAAGGGAGUGAUCCGGUCACUGGUCACAUAAUCUCAACCACCAUUGGAGGGAAGAAUGGAGAGCCUAAAAGGACCAUCAGCUACAUGGCAGAGAGAGUUGUGGGAACUGGAUCAUUCGGAAUUGUCUUCCAGGCAAAAUGUCUGGAGACCGGUGAGACUGUUGCGAUUAAGAAGGUUUUACAGGACAAGCGUUACAAGAAUAGGGAGUUGCAAAUAAUGCGAUCCAUGGAUCAUUGCAAUGUCGUUUCGUUGAAGCAUUGCUUCUUCUCUACCACAAGCAGAGAUGAACUUUUCCUUAACUUGGUGAUGGAGUUCGUUCCUGAGUCGCUAUAUCGCGUCUUGAAGCAUUAUAGCAAUAUGAACCAGAGGAUGCCACUUAUAUAUGUCAAACUAUACACCUACCAGAUAUUUCGGGGUUUAGCCUAUAUUCACAUUGUACCUGGAGUUUGCCAUAGGGACGUGAAACCUCAGAAUCUUUUGGUUGAUCCUCUGACUCACCAAGUCAAGAUAUGUGAUUUUGGGAGUGCCAAAAUGUUGGUUAAAGGUGAAGCAAACAUAUCAUAUAUAUGCUCACGUUAUUACCGUGCUCCAGAGCUCAUAUUUGGGGCAACUGAGUACACAACAUCAAUUGAUAUAUGGUCAGCUGGAUGUGUUCUUGCUGAGCUGCUUCUUGGCCAGCCUCUCUUCCCUGGUGAAAGUGCUGUAGAUCAGCUUGUUGAGAUAAUAAAGGUUCUUGGUACACCUACACGCGAGGAAAUCCGAUGUAUGAAUCCCAACUACACAGAAUUUAGAUUUCCUCAGAUCAAAGCCCAUCCAUGGCACAAGAUUUUCCACAAGCGGAUGCCUCCAGAAGCUAUAGAUCUCGCAUCACGUCUUCUCCAGUAUUCACCUAAUUUACGAUGCACUGCUCUUGAAGCAUGUGCACAUCCUUUCUUUGAUGAGUUGCGAGAGCCGCAUGCAAGGUUGCCAAAUGGACGGCCAUUCCCUCCUCUGUUCAACUUUAAACAGGAACUAGCAAAUGCUUCCCCAGAGCUCAUCAACAGAUUGAUACCAGACCAUGCUAGGCGACAUCUUGGGCUCAAUUUAUUGCCUGCAACUGGACCAUAGGGAAGGCUGUAUGGUGUUUUCCUUUGCGCUGCCGAUGCUUCUCUGUGCAGAAGGGCAACUUGCAUGUUCUCACAUUUAAGAUGUAGAAUCUGAUCAUUAUUGGAAAGCCAAACAUGAGCUGGCACCGUGUUACAUAAGGGGAGGUGGUGUGCUUGCGCAGCCAGCCCUUGCUACUUAUUUUAGUGCUCCAACUCUGUUAUGAGGAGCCCAUGGUGAUCAGGAUUAGCCAAGAACUGUGCGAAUAGUGGGAAGGAGGGGGAUGAUGUAUUGUUAAACUAUCGAAGGAAUUAAGUCCCAACUAUUGCACUUUCUCCAAUGCUUAAUGAUGUAGCACGCCUGUAAGUGUUCCAUGUCCCCUAUUGCCGGUUGAUGUAAUUGUGUAAAUGUUAUUAAUGGAAAAUUAUCUCGUGUCAUGGUAAUGCUCAACUUGUUUA